AUGGCGGUCGUCAACAUCUCCUCCGUUGAGCAAUUCAACAACCUCCUCACCUCCUCUCGCUUUGUCGUCGCCGAUUUCUACGCCGACUGGUGCGGACCAUGCAAAGCCAUCGCCCCAGUGUAUGACUCUCUGGCUAGCCAGCUGAGCCGUCCAAACCACAUCACAUUCACCAAGAUCAACGGCGAUGAGCAGCAGCAACUGGCACAGGCAUACAGCGUGCGAGCAUACCCCACCUUCAUCGUCUUCGAAAAUGGCCGCAAGAAGCAGACCGUCGCGGGCGCAGACCCUCGCAAACUAAAUGAAGUGAUCCAAACCCUCGCAUCCGAAGCUACAAAGUCCGACGCAAGCGGCACCGGUGAAUCCAGCACAGGCGGUAGCUGGAUCGGCGCAACACCAGCCAAGGGCUACAGCGACGUGAGCGACCAAGUAGAGAUUAAGGGACUGGAACUACUGAACCGCGACAGCGAGCGAGGCGAAGCGCGCGUACUAUUCGACAAGAGCAAGCCAUCCGGACUCUCUGGGAAGGGCAAGGGAAAAGCCGAGAGCAAGAGUGAUUGGGUGGAGAGUGAUACGGAUGAACAGCUUAUGCUGUAUAUCCCCUUCAACGCGACGCUGAAGGUGCACUCGUUACAUAUUACUUCUUUUGCGGAUGCGAAUGCCGACGAGAAUGAUGAUGAGGUUCCUAUGCGCCCGAAGACCGUUUCGUUGUAUACAAACCGCUCUCAUGUGCUUGGUUUUGAUGAGGCGGAGGAUAUCCCUGCUGUGCAGACUGUGGAGAUUAAGGCUGAGGAUUGGGAUGCGAAGACUGGUACUGCGAAGGUGGAUUUGCGGUUUGUUAAGUUUCAGAAUGUCACCUCUUUGGUGGUCUUCUUUGUGGAUGGUGAUGGUGAUAGUGAGAAGUUGCGUGUGGAUCGGGUUCGUAUCAUUGGUGAUGCGGGCGAGAAGAGGGAAAUGGGCAAGUUGGAGAAGAUUGGUGAUGAGCCUGGCGAGUAA